AUGCUGAGCCUGCUGCUCCACUUGUUCUUUGCCACCUAUCACAUGCUCUGCUGCAGCUGCGACGUCAUAGAUCAUGGCGAGCGUGAAGUGAACCUGGACGCCGGAUUGAUGUUGAACGUUGAGCGCUUGAGAACGCUGAGCUGCAGUGGAUCUUUAAGAACGGCAACGGGACUCGAUCGGAGCCGGUUCGCGCAGCUACCUUUCGGUCUCCGUAAUCCAGGCCGCAUGGACGGAAAGGACUGGACCUUUGAACUAAGGACCCCUUUCAACGACAACACCAAUGAGACGAGCUGUCUAUCGCUCCCCCCACCUCAAGGUUGGACGGAUGAAAUGGAAGCCGAACUGCUUGCACGAGUCACGUUCAGCUGGGAAUUCAAGAAGUCGUACAACUCUAUGACGAACUACACAGCACCUGGCGUGUUGGUAGGUGAUCCUGUCCAAGAAGACGAUGCGACACCGAGCCACUCUCACACCAAAAACGAUGCGGAAACCAAGGUCAGUCUCCCAAACUGUCAGGUCAAUCGCAGCGGGAGCCAAGCUGAUACCCUCCAGUUCAAGGUUUCAGAACGGAAACGACACAAAUUCAGGGCCAGUCCGGGGGGCUACAGUUGGUUUGAGUCUGAAUGGAACCAGCACCUCGAUAAACCCCCAGUGCUUGAAGACAUCAAAGAAGGCGAUUUUUUCGUUCAUUGUUUCGGUACUAAAUACCAGGUUUGGAUCUGGACACCGCAGGAAGGGGCUAUGGGGUGGCUGUCCGUCGGGCCUGGGUAUUCGCCGAAGAAUUCUGACCGGCAUGUCGUCAUCACGAAGAAAGGCUACCUAUCCCUUGUUCAAGGGCCGACCUGGAGGAAGGAAUAUCAGAAUAAAUCUUCGCCUAUAGUUCCCCCAGCUUGA